UAUCUGUUUGCCAUCAAAAUGAACCAGAACGAAAAGGAUCAGUUGAUUGAAAGAUUUGUCACCGUCACAAACCUGUCGCCAUACUUGGCUGAGCAGUACUUGGCACGUAAUGAGAACGACUUAAUGAACGCAAUUGAGGAUUAUUUCGCCUCCAACACAAAGUCCUCGGGAUCAACCCCCACAUCCACUACCAAACACAAAUCCGGUGUCAGAACCUUCAAAGACUUGAAUGAGGGUGAUGAUGAAGACGACAAGACAGACACAAACUUUUUCACCGGCGGCGAGAAAUCGGCCUUGCAGGUGGAAGACCCCAAUAAAGAUAAAAAGUCAGGAAGGUCAUUGAUCGAUGAUAUCUUCCAAAAGGCUAGAGAACAGAUGUCCCAACCCGACGACAGGCCCUCCACAGGAGAGCCUGAGACAGCUGCAGCCCCCACGUUUGUGGGAACCGGGUACAAGUUGGGUGACGGUGAAGCUCCAUCUCAGACGAUUCCUGAUGUCAAUGCUCAUGCUUCCAGAAAGCCUACGUUGGUCAAGAGAGAAAUCACCUUUUGGAAGCAGGGGUUCACUGUGGGAGAAGGCCACUUGAGAAGGUACGACGAUCCGGCCAACGCCGGCCUCUUGGAGGAAUUGAAUCGAGGAAGAGUCCCUUUGGCUCUUUUGGACGUGGAGUUCGGCCAGGACGUGGAUGUCAGCGUCAUAAGGAAAACAGACGAGGAUUAUAAGCCUCCCAAGAGAAAACUUGGAGGUUUUGGAGGCUCGGGCCACCGUUUAGGUUCUCCUGUUCCUGGUGAACCUAUUGUCACUCCAGAUCCACGACCAGUAGAGGUAAAAACUACGCCAGUGGUGGCGCCAGAACCCGAGGCCCAAGGCGAUACCCCCGUACAAAUCCGGUUCGCCAACGGUAAGAAGGUCAAUAAGAGGUUCAACUCAUCAGACUCCAUUUCGGUGGUGUACGAGUUUGUACAGAGCCAUGAGUUCUCAGAUGCUUCCAGACCGUUCAUCUUAUCUCAUGCGUUUCCCGUCAAACCCAUUGAAAACUCCUCAGACAUAUCCGUGGCCGAUGCCAAGUUGAAGAAUGCCGUAAUUGUACAAAGAUGGAAUUAGUUGUAUAGGAUAUAAUAAUGGAGUUUAGCACUCGAACAUUUAAUUGGAUUUCUCACUCAU